CAAUAACAACUCAUCUCAUUCUAAGUAUCAACGUAAUCGACUCAAUCUAUUUUAAUUAGCACCGUCCUAGCUAAUAUGCCCUGACGACAAAACCAGAAACUCGCAGUCGGCGCCGUCUUUUUCUUCCUUUUAACUAAUUUGCUUUCUGCCAAUGUUGGCCUUUAUAUGAUCAACGGCGACGUAUCGGCGCCAAUAUGUCGAGAAUAUCCCGACUGGCUCAAUAUGGCUUGAGUCCCUCCGGUCUAGCUCCGGCAGCCCGACCGGUGCUGAACACCGGCAUCCGAUCGCCUGUUGAAGUCUCCCUGGCCAGGCUGUCACAGGGUCCAUCAUGGAGGCCAAUGUCUGCACUUGAUGAUUGGGUCGCAAAAAAGGCCCGACCAGUCAGCCUCCGCCAGCUCAUGUUCUUCGGGCGGUCGCUGAACGAGGCUCGCCUGCUCAGCUCAGCCAACUAUGUCCGCACGGAGCUACCUACCCGCCUGUCCCACCGCAUCAGGGAUAUGCAGAUGCUGCCGUACCAGGUCGUGUCGAACCAGCAUAUAGCCGAAGUCUAUAACAUGUACUGGACCGCCUUCGACACCUUCCGCAAGGUCAAGGAGGUCAAGUCGCUAGCCGACAACGACCUCUUUUGCGAGGUCAUCAGUGGGAUGCUUAAGACUCACCUCACUGUUAUCCCGAAGCUGGCCAUGGGUGUGCUUGAAUGUAGUGGACUCAUGGACCCGCAGGAGCUCAACAGCUUCAUGAACCGCAUCUUGCAGUCCAGAAUCUCUCGCCGCGUCAUCGCGGAGCAGCACGUGACACUCACACAGUCCUUCCGCAGCCAGACCCAGCCAUGGUCGCCGCAAGCGGGGGAAGCCGCAGCGGUGGCGGCAACGCUGGGAUCGGCCAGCCCUAUAGCCGAAUCGUCGGAUUUCGUCGGCAACGUCCUCGUCAAGUGCGUUGCCCGUGAUGUCGUCGACCGCUGCGCCGCUGCCGUGCACGCCCUGGCUCGCUCCGCACACGGGGAAGACGUCCCGCUGCCAGAGAUCCGCGUCGUCGGCCACCUGACGGCCAACUUCCCCUUUAUCCUCAGCCACCUCGAGUACAUAAUCGGCGAACUGCUGCGUAAUAGCGUCGACGCCUCUGUGGAGCAGCACCAAAAGUCCGGGAAGCCCCCGCCGCCCAUCGAGGUCACCAUCUGUGAGUCGUCGCAGCACGUCAUCAUCCGCGUCUCGGACCAGGGAGGCGGCGUCGCGCGAGACAUGCUCCCGUACCUCUGGUCGUUCAGCAAAGGUCCUCAUAGCGACCGGCUGCUCCAGAACCUCAAGCACGUGCCCAAGAUGGCCGCCACGCUGCAGGAGGUGCGCGCUGAGGAUGAGUCCAGCGGCAUCCUGUCGAUGCCACAGGUGACACCUGACCAGAGUGUGCUGUCAUCUCUCUCAUCCUUGUACUCAAGACCGCCGAAUCUGAAGCUGGGUGUGGGCCUGCCUCUUAGUAGAGUAUAUGCCGAGUACUGGGCUGGGAGCCUUGAGCUCCACAGCCUUGAGGGUUACGGGGUUGACACGUUCCUGCAGAUCUCGAAGCUUGGGAACAAGAACGAACAGCUUGCUACCAGGGCAAGUAUGGACGCUGUGUGAAGGGCAAAUUGGUAAAGUUUCACAUCAUCUACUUUUUAACGGGUAACGAGUACACACACAAUGCCAACCGGUGAUCGAGACGAGGCUACUGGCACGUCAUGACAAUGAUCAGCGCCAUUUCCGAGCCGAGCCAAGUAUAUGGAACAACGCUGCGAACCAGCGACUUGUAUUUCGUCUGGGAAUUGUUGUUUUGUAGAAUAGCGGAGUAUAUAGUCGGAGGAAGGUUGACCUUGGAUAGCGAGGUGUACCUUGUCCUGUUUACCUCACACAUGAUGACUUGAUGCGAAUAAAAUUCCUCAAGAACACGGUCGAACAAAGACAGCCA